CCGUUGGAGCCGCCACGCACCCGCCGCAUCAGGGAUGCUGCUCGUUUCCUAAGUAUUGCGGCAAACCCAUCAACACCGGCGUCUGUAAACAUCCUCGACGAGCUACAGAAACGCGGCAGCCCCAUCAGUGCCCUGAACCCAUUGUUAUAUUGGACGCCAGUUGCGUAUACUACCCAUAGGCUGCAGGUAAGCGGCAGUAUGCGUCCCACAUCUGCAUAUCGAGGCAGUACCGCCUCCAGACUGACGACCGGCUUUGGUCCUGCUCCUCCAACAGCAGGCCGACAACAAACUGCCGUUACCGGUUUUUCCAUGAUUGAUCGACCAAUUACUCAACAAGGUAUCUCAGGAUUACGAACUGGUACUGGUCGCGGUUUUCGAACCAGACAGCUACAGGAUAAACGAUAUUGGGAAGAAUUGAUGCAAGUGAAAAUUAGAGAAAUGAAAGCUGAAAUAGCGAGGUUGAGUGAACAAGCUGAGGCAGGCGAAAGAGAGAAGUCCGCGAAAAAGCACUAUGAGAAGCGGGUCAGGGAAUUGGCACAAGAACUAACCGAUUUACAGGGACGUCUCGCAGACUAUAAUACUGCAAUUCGUAUACUAAACGGAGAAGCGACAAAGCAAUCUGUUGAGGAACAAACGAGAGAAUUGGAGGCGACAAAUCAGAAGAUGCAAGAUGAAAUAGAACAAGUAUUCAUGGAGAAACGAAGGAAAGAAAAUCAGUUACGACAGAUUCGAGAGCAAAUUGAAAAGGAACAAUCGACGAUCACAAAGAUACUGGCCGAAAUGACGGUGGAGCAAAAAGAUCAGUAUAAUGAAUUGCAAACUACGGCUGCAGCAUUAAGAGAGGAAGUGGAGCAGAGCAGAACGCAAUUAGAUCUCUUGAACAGAGAGAAAGAAGAAUUUGCUCGGGAAAUAUCGGGAUCGCAGAUAAAAGUGCACCUUCUAGAACUACAUCGAAGGCUGGUCGCCGUCGAAGAAAAACGCGACAACAUGAGAAACGAAAUAAACAAUCGAUUGGAUCCGCAGGAAGAAAGGGAGAAGUUACUGUCCCAAGUGCGAGAAGAUAACGCCGCCAUAGCGGUAUUGGACAACAACGCUACGAAUUUGAAAGAACAGAUCAAGAAAGUUCAAGAAUUGAUUGAGCAGUCUGAACAGGAUCUCGAAGAAGGCAACUCCGAACGCCAUCAGAAAUAUCGCGAAUUGAAAAAGCGAGAAGAAACAAUGGACUCGUUCAUGGAAACGUACGAAGAAAAUCUGAGAAAUGAACAAAAUAAAAUCGAUCAAUUGGAAAAUGAUAUCGUGUUCGCUUUAGAGCACAGCAGUUCCAAUAUUGACUUAGAUCUUAGCGAAAUAGAUAGUUUAAAGCAAAGGGAAGGCUACACGUCAACAUAUGAUGAAAAUAAGAAAUCCAUCGAUGCACUCACGAAAGAUUACGAACGUUUUCAAGCAAAUUUGAAAAAGGCAACAGCAACACGAGAGAGGUUGGCUACUGAAUUACAUACUCUGCCGGAAAAGACGCGCGUCAUGAAAGAAGAGUUGGUCACACUGAGCGACUUGGAAAUGCUUCGAGAGCAAGGCGAAGAACAGAAGAAGGCGUUAGAAGUUGAACUACAACAACUGCGAGAGAAACUGGCCCCAACCGAGAGUGCUGUUACCGAAGCGAGAAACAAACUGAAAACAUUACAGACAUCUUUAGAGGGCAACGAAAUGUAUUCAAAACUCAACAGUCUGGAGGAGGAAGUGGCUCAGCUUGAAGCCAGGAAGACUGUUCUCGAAGAAGACAUAGCAUCGAUAACCUUGAAAGCUGAUUAUGAGCCUCUGAAACGACAAGCUCUGGACGAGUUGGCGGCUCUGAACAAAAAGAUCAUUGAAGAUUUGAAUAGCGUCAAAUCGUAUUAAAUAUUUUGGUAGAU